AUGAGACGCGGCGCGGCCCGGACGCUGCUGCUCAACAUGUACCUGCCAGACCCGGUUGGGGACACUUUGUUCAAAGAAGGUAAAAACCAGGCGUGGGGCUCACUAGGGCCUGGGGUUCAAAAAGGCAGUGGGCAGAUCCAGCUGUGGCAAUUUCUGCUGGAACUGCUUUCGGACCGAGCCAACCUCAACUGCAUUGCCUGGGAGGGCACCAACGGCGAGUUCAAGCUCCUGGACCCUGACGAGGUGGCGCGGCGCUGGGGUGAGCGCAAGAGCAAGCCCAACAUGAACUAUGACAAGCUGAGCCGGGCGCUGCGCUAUUACUAUGACAAGAACAUCAUGACCAAAGUGCACGGCAAGCGCUAUGCCUACAAGUUUGACUUCCAGGGCCUGGCUCAGGUCUGCCAGCCAGCCACACCUGACCAUGCCCUCUACAAAUUCCAGGCCCCACUGCCUUUCGCCGGCAUCUCCAAACUCAACAUUAUGGCUUCAGGCGUGACCCCAACCAGCUUCUCUUACUGGCCGGGCUCUACCCCCACCCUGUACCCCAGCCAUGGCCUGCAGCCUUCCGCACCCUUUGGCGCCAUGGCAACCUCCCACAUCAACAACAUGAACAGCCACUACCACUAG